UGUAAAAAGAAUACGUCAAAGACGUGCUUUUAGUAGCCAAGUCUAAUUUGUUCACGAAUGAGUCGGUUCACUUAAAUGAAUCAAUUGACUGAAUUGGUCUGAGGAGUUCUCGGGUCAACAUCUCACCUACUCAUUUAAUCCAUGAUUAAAACACACGUCUUAAAAGGAAGGCGGAAUAGAGCAGUUGGCAGCGAAUGGACAGUAAACUUCAAACUGUCAGAAAUGGAUUGUCAAGAAAAGCUGGAGGUGCCCGUGUACACCGAUGUGGACAGAGAGACUUUCUUGAGGGAUAUAUAUCCGCUGCGUAGACCAGCGGUUCUGAAGCGCGUGCCCCUGGGGCCCUGUAUGCGCGCGUGGACGGUGAGUUAUCUCGCGCAGAAGGGGGGAGACCGCGAGGUCAAAGUGCAUGUGUCCCCAGAGCCCAGGAUGGACUUUCUGCACAAGAACUUUGUGUACAGGACUCUGCCAUUUGACAAGUUCAUUCAGAGAGCUGCAGAGGCAAAGCACUCAGAUUUCUUCAUUAGUGAGGAUGAAAGCUACUACUUGCGCUCACUUGGAGAAGAUGUUCGUAAGGAACCAGCUGAUUUAAGGAAGCAGUUCCCUGAGCUGGCAGAGGAUUUCCAUAUACCCCAGUUCUUUGAGCCAGAGCAGUUUUUCUCCAGCGUCUUUCGCAUCAGUUCCCCUGGUCUGCAGUUGUGGACACACUACGAUGUAAUGGACAACCUUCUGGCUCAAGUUACAGGAAGAAAGCGUGUUGUUCUGUACAGCCCCAAAGAUGCCCUUUAUCUCUACCUCACAGGGGACAAGUCUGAAGUUUUGGACAUUGACACAACUGAUCUGCAGCUUUAUCCUGAGUUUGUGAAAGCAAGUCGCUAUGAGUGUAUUCUGGAACCAGGAGACCUGCUCUUCAUUCCAGCACUUUGGUUUCACAAUACCCUGGCUCUCCAGUUUGGAGUUGGUGUCAACGUGUUCUGGAGACAUCUGCCACCUGAGGGUUAUGAUAAGAAAGAUCCAUAUGGAAACAAAGACCCAGUAGCAGCCUCUCGAGCCCUGCAGUCACUAGAGAGGACUUUAGGCAUCUUGGAAGAACUGCCACCUGAUUAUCAGGAUUUCUAUGCUCGUCGCAUGGUGCUGCGGAUUCAAAGCCGGGCCUACCUUAGGCAAAAUUCAGACACAGCAUAGUUCUCUCACUGUUUACACUGAAAUGGAGCUAUAGAGUUUGAGAAUGACAAUAAAGACAUUUUAGUUUCUUUCCAAAAAAUUAAUGAUUAAAUAUAUUAAUAUACUGCUGGUUUAAAGCAUGGUCUCAAAUCAACAGUUCUGGAGCUCGUGCAGUAACUAUUAGGACACAGUUCUGACAAAAUUAGGCUUCCUGUAACAAUUGUUGGUAACACUUUAUUUUAAGGUGUCCUUGUUACACGUUACAUAUACUUAU